AUGGGCGAAUACCUCGAGAACCGAGAAGUCGGCCUUCGACCGUCGCCGAAGUCGCACACGCGUGAUUUAUUUAGUCUAGAGAAGCGAACAUACAUCGUUACCGGUGGUAUCGGUAGUUUGGGACAAGAAAUCGCAACUGGUAUCAUGCAAUCUGGUGGAGAUGUCAUCUGCAUCGACUCUGUGGAGAUCCCGCCUAUGGAACAAUGGGAAGAUCUGCAAAUCUUAGCGAAAGCAUGUAGUGCAAAACUGUGGUACUAUAAGUGCGACAUCACAAACAUUGACACUACUCGAUCACUGUUUCGGGAGGCCGUUACAGCGGCUCGCUUCCCCCUAAGAGGCCUUGUGACCUGCGCCGGAAUAUCCAGCAUUGGCCGAUCCAUUGACUUCUCGAUUGACGAAAUGAGACGUAUAAUCGAUGUCAACCUGACGGGCACCUUUAUUUGCGCGCAGUCUGCAGCACGGGAGAUUUUCGAGCAAGGCUUCCCUGCCAGCAUUGUAUUUAUUGCCAGUAUGAGUGGUCAUGUGGUGAACAAGGGAUUUGACACUGCAGCUUAUAGUUGUUCCAAGUCAGGAGUCCAUCAGCUCACGCGGAACCUAGCUUCUGAAUGGGGUAGUCCGAAAACUUGUCCUCUCAUUCGCGUUAAUUCGCUGAGCCCUGGAUAUAUCCGCACACGCAUGACCGAAGAUUUGCUAAAGGAUCCGAUCCAAGAGGGCUUGAUGUCUAAAGGUAGUAUGCUUAACCGUAUCUCUACACCGGAUGAGUAUAGGGGACCGGUUGUAUUUUUGUUAUCAGAUGCAAGUAGCUAUGUGACUGGUGCGGAUUUGUUGGUGGAUGGAGGCCACACGGGAUGGUAA